AACCUCGUAAAAUUGUAAAAACCUUAAGCCUCAAAAAUUCUCUCUCCCUCUCUCUCUCCAAAUCUCUCUCUCUCUCUCUCUCUCUCUCUCUCUCUCUCUCUUUUUAAAUAAACAUUAUUUGGCUCCAAAUUUCUCAUUUUAAAUAAAAAACAAGGGUGUAGAAUUAUGAAGAGAAAGAGAGGGAACAAGAAAGGCAAGAAAAAGGGUCCUCCUUUAGCUGCCAAGAAUGAGCCCGCUGCAAAUGUAGUCACUUUAAUUAGAGAUGAUGAUUCUGAUGAUGAUGGUAGUGAUGAUAAUAAUAAGAAUUAUAGUAAUAGUAAUGCUGGAGUAGAAUAUGAGCGUGUCAUGGAAGUCGAUACGCCUUCUUCUACUGGUACAGACCAGCCAUUGAAUCUUGCUAGUAUAAAACCUGAUGGGUCUAUUGAUAAGACCAGCCAGGGGAAGCCAGUUGGACGUGUUAAGGUUAAGCUCAAGACUUCGAAGGUGUUAGAAUCUCAGAGCGAUACUGAUAAGAGUAGCCUGCAAUUGGGUUUAGAGAAACAAAGUGUAGUUAGUGAUAAAGUGGAAGACACUGGCAACUCAGUAUCUGAAAUGAAAACUGGAUUUUCUGGAAAUGUGUCGAAGAAACCUGGGAGUAUAAAGAUUAAGUCGUCGAAGGUGAUAGUUAGUUUGAGUGCUGAGAAGAGUGGUAGUGCUGGGAAGGCACAGGAUGAGAGUUUACAACAAAAGGAACCGAGGACACCUUCGCAGGAAUCUCAAUAUAGUAAGCAAGAGUUGGACUCUGCCUUGGAGGUGAUUAAGAAGGUAAUGAAAAUGGAUGCAGCUGAACCCUUCAAUGUUCCUGUGAAUCCUGAAGCUCUAGGGAUACCUGAUUAUUUUGACAUCAUUGAUACACCAAUGGACUUCGGAACAAUAUGCAGCAAUCUUGAAACGGGUGACAAGUAUAUGAACUCAGAGGCUGUCUAUAAGGAUGUCCAAUACAUUUGGGACAAUUGUUAUAAGUAUAACAAUAAGGGUGAUUAUAUAUUGGACCUCAUGAGGCGGGUGAAGAAGAAUUUUAUGAAGUAUUGGACAGCAGCUGGUUUAUUUACUGAACAAUCAAGAGGUUCCAGUGGUGCUGAAGGUGCUCAAGGGGAUGAUGUUGGAGCAUCUAGUCAGGGACAUGGUAAAAGUGGUCAACCUAAACAGAAGGCAAAGAAGCGUCAUGGGUAUGUCUCUGCAGCUGAUCCUGAGAAAGUUGGACAAAUUUUUGAUGUAGCUUUGAAGCUAAAUAUCAAAAGGCGUCAUAAAUCCGAUUGCCUAUGUGCCAUAUGUGUUCUAAAGCGCCGUAGAAGAGAGCGUGAGGAGAAUGAGCGAAUUGCUAAUCAAAAACUUCCUCACGAGUUGAAGCAAGAGGGAUCUUCACUGAUUGAAAGCCCUGCUGGGGAGGAUUCAUCAUCAAAUAUGGACGAAUCAUUAGAUCCAGAUGCAGAUGCUGAUGUGGAAGGAAAGAGACUGGAGGCCAAAAUGGAGGAUACUGAGCAGCAGUACAGUGCUGAAAAGGAGAAGCAUGAGGAGGUGCAGGAAGAUGGUGACGAGGAAGAGGAGGAUGAUGAGGAGGAAGAUAAUGAGAUAGAGAUUCAAAAGAGAGCGAAGGUGGAAACAUCAGAGCAAUCUGAAUUUGCUGAUAGAUCAGGAGAUGAGCCUAACCAACAACCUCAGCCUGGACUGGCAGAGAAUGCAGGUGCAGCAGCCCAAAUAAAUUUUGAGAAAGGGCAUCUAAUGGAGCAGCAUGAGGAUGAAACUGCAGCAUUUCACCGAAAUAAGAAUAAGGAUUCACAAGAAAGGCAGCAAAAGGCUGAAAUGUUUGAGAAGUUCUGUCCGCAUAAUCCCAUGCUUCUUAGUUUGUGCCAAACUCUCUUCCCUGACAACCGUAGGUCUGUGUGGAGUGGGCCUCACUCUUUGGUUCCACGGCAGGGUUCUGCUCAUGGAAAUUCUAUUGGUGCUGCUAUUGAAACUUUAAUGAAGUAGACGCUUUUGAUAACUCUGCUUUACAGAUUUAGCUGCCUCUAUCGAUCUGAAAUGUUGGGCAUUGCCUAGAUAUGUAUAAGUUGUUACUAGGCAUCAUGUUUGACAUAGAAGCUUACGAGUAGUUAGAAGCUGUAGCGACUUAAUCUAGCAAGAGUUCUUACAGGGUGUAAUUGCAGGAAAUAGUGGCUGUAUAUACGCCAUCCAUUUGCUUUCUACUAUUCUACAUCGAUACAGCAACAAAGGAUAAUUACUUUUCUCAUCCAUUUGGCUACUAAAAACUGAGUGUAAAUAUAAGAGAGCCACUUAGAUUAUUACUGCUAGUGCAGUAGAAGUUUGAAAAAUAUUUUCCAUUUGGCAGCGUCUGUAUCAGUUCUUCACUGCAA